UAAGAAACUGAUAAAGAUAAGAAUAAUUUUUAUAAGAAAGCUUACAUUAAUUCAUAUGGACUGAUUACAUUUUCAAAAUAAAAUGGAGGUAAAUAGGAUGCUGUUGCAUUGAAUGUAUUCUUUGUAUGUUUCAAAUGUUACAUCAUUCAAUUAAACAUCCUUUGAUGUUAAUCAACAUGCGAUUUGUUUGCUUCCUGUACGUCGUUUCCAUUCUAUUUUCUGAAGAUAUUUUGGCCAAAAAUAUGCUGAUUUCUUACGAAUUGAGAAACGUUGUCGAUGCAAAUCGCUAUCGUUACGAAGAGAACAAAGAAGUUGGUCAGAAAUCUGAAGAUCUAAUGAAACCAAGCGAUUGUAAUGAUAUUAAGAAUAAAGAUUUUAAUAUAUCAGGAAUAUACGAGAUAUUGCCAGUGAAUAGAAGAAAUAUGUUUGAAGUAUAUUGUGACAUGGAGACGGAUGGAGGAGGAUGGACAGUAUUUCAGAGAAGAGGAAAUUUUGGGCAUCCUUUCGAUUACUUUUUUAGAAAUUGGAAGAAUUAUUCAGAAGGAUUCGGUAAACUAGAUGAAGAUUUUUGGUUAGGCAACAACAAACUUCAUUCUCUAACAAACCAGGGAAAUUAUUCACUUAGAAUUGACAUGAAAGACAUUGAAGGUAAUCAUGGUUAUGCUCAAUAUCAAUAUUUCAAGAUUGCUAACGAAACUGAGUCAUAUAUGUUGCAUGUAGCGGGAUACGUCGGAGAUGCAGGUGAUGCCUUAUCUAAAUACCAUAACGAAAUGAAGUUCAGCACAUUUGACAGGGAUGGUGAUCAAAAUCCGAUCUGGAAUUGUGCGAAAAUUUUUAAGAGUGCUUGGUGGUAUAAUAAUUGCUUUACUUCAAAUUUAAAUGGACUAUAUGUUAAAGAUCAGAACGAAGGCAUGACAUGGACUAGCUGGACUGAAAUGAAGAAUUCUUUAUCUACAGUUGAAAUGAAGAUUAGGAGAAACCUUUAAUAAUUUUUGUCCAUUAUUAGUUGUUUCUUCUAUAGUAAAUUAUUCCAGUUGAUUAAUGUAAAUAUUAUUUUAUCAAAACAUUCAAAUUAAUAUAGAGUAUCUCGUUAAAAUGUGUACAUAUGUACAUACUUCGAUAGCCAAAACUCAAAGUUAAACAUAGUUUUUAUGUAUGAAACCAUUAGAGUUAAGGCAAGCAAUUGAAAAGACAGAUCAACAAUUUCCAUGAGUUUCUUAGAAAAUAUUUACAUAUUACUUACGGAGGGCAUUCAGAAACGUUUUAGAUAUCCAAAAUCUAACUGUUAUGUAAUUAAAAGUUAAUAUUAAAUUUUUAGUACACAAUGAAACAAAGAUACAUUUCUAUGAUUUAGAAAUCAAGAGUCAAUCUAGGUUUGCUGCUUCAAUAAUGAAAAGCCACCAAUGAAGAUGUGCUAAUAAAAAAUGGCGGCCACAUUUUUGUAAAACAAAAAUAAAGCGACAAUUCUUCUUGAAAACAGAACAGUGAUUGCUGAAUACUAUACAACAAAAUGUGUUUCAAAGAUAUGAGAAUAAAUGGAGAAACAAAUGUCCAAAAUCAGGAGAACAAUGCACUAGCAUACACGGCUGCUCGAACAAUCGAAUUUUUUAGUAGCAAGAACAUUAUUGCUCCAUUCACCGUAUUCACUCGAUCUGGCACCCUAUAACUUCCUUUUAUUUCCAAAACUUAUAAAUCAACUCCGUAGAACGCAAUUUCAGCGUUCAGAACAGGCUGUAUAUAUUUAUCAAUACUUAGCUUUGGCUUCUAUAUCUAAAAACUGUUGGUUUGUGUUUUCGUAAGUGGUUUAGACGAGUUGUAUAGUGUAAGCGGCCAUUAUUUAAAAAGAAAUUGAGUAAACAUUUUUUGUUUUCAUCUUCUAAAAACUUUUUAAACACCUCCUGGAUGUCUACGAUGCAUGGAUAUCAAUGAGGAAGAAUUUGAAACUUGAAAUCAAUGUUAUCUAUACCAAGAAUUUAUUAUUUGUGCAUAAAUUAAAGUUAAAUUGUAAUAAAACAUGUAACAACUGAACUAUUUAAUUGAUAUUUUUUCAGGAAAUGUAUUAAACAGUUUUAUGAAAUAUCCUAUAUAAUCUACCUUUAUAUUCUGUAGCUUAUAUAAUGUUGUAUCCUGUAUAAACCUACAUUUAUCUGUAUAAUCUACCUUGUAAUAUAUAAUUCGUUAACUACUGAAUGUUUAUUCUUAUAAAUUUUUAUAAUAUUACACUACAAAAUUAAUUUUUUGUGAAUUUCUUUUUUUAAAAGAUACAUUUUAAAAAUAUGCACUUCAAAAGCUUCAUUAUUUUUACAAUAAUCAUAUUGGAAAUGUAAUUACAACUCUUUCUGUCUUGUGGGCAUUAAGAUAAUCUUUUUAGCAAGCCAGACCCACAAUGGAGGCCGGGUGAAGAGGGACAGGCCGGGGCCUAACAUAUCGACCCCAGAUCCCCCAGAAUGGUAGGCUACCCUCUAAGCCGCUCGGCCUUUCGGCCAUUGUUGAAGUACACAAACUUUCAUAUUUUUCUAAUAUUUUUGAUUGUAAUAAACAUUUUUUUAAAAAAGAAACACUACUGCUUUGUUUACUAUUUUGUUACAUAAAUACAAAAUCUGCGUAUAGAUUGCAGCAUCCUUU